CGGACCGGGGGGCUGCGCCGCAGCGCCGCGCUGGACCGGGACUAUCUGCACCGGCCCAGCUACUGCGACGCCGCCUUCGCUCUGGAGCAGAUUUCCAAGGGGAAAGCUACUGGCCGGAAAGCGCCGCUGUGGCUGAGAGCGAAGUUUCAGAGACUCUUAUUUAAACUGGGUUGUUACAUUCAAAAAAACUGCGGCAAGUUCUUGGUUGUGGGCCUCCUCAUAUUUGGGGCCUUCGCUGUGGGAUUAAAGGCAGCUAAUCUCGAGACCAACGUGGAGGAGCUGUGGGUGGAAGGUAAGAGACCCAGCGCCCGCCGCGGCGCCCUCUCGUCCCCCAGCCCGGGCCCCUUUCCCUGCCUCCUUCCAACUGAUAAAGAUAUUUGCCAGCAUACACCUAGGGCCUUUCUGUG